UAUCAAGUAUUAGAUUUUUCUGGUUUGAAUCGAAGCAAUUGAGGUUUUAUCGAAAUUGGCAAAGAUCCAGAAUGGCAGCCGGUCUAGCUUCUAUUUUCUUCGAUUCGAGUUGAUGAGCCGAAGACGCCUACUGUAUUAUGGAGUACUCCGUCGACUAGCGGUUCUAAAAGAACUCUCUGGUGUUCUUAGAUCGUGCGUAAAAAAGAAGAUUCGUUAAAUAGAUUUUAUAUGAAUAGUAGUGCUUAGAGGGAGAGAGAGAGAGAGAGAGAGAGAGACAGAGAGAGAGAGAGAGAGAGAGAGAGAGAGAGAGAGAGAGAGAGAGAGAGAGAGAAAGGGAGAAGUAAGGAAGGAAGGAAGGAAGGAGAAUUUAGAAAAAACAUAUGAAACGAACGUUUACGUGAACUGUUAUUUUUACAAAAAAAAAAAAAAAGAAAAAAAAAAGAAGAAAAAAAAGAAAAAGGAACAAAAACAAAAAAGACGAAAGUAUCUAUAAUUAAGUAGUACAUCUGGCGUGUUCGUUCUUUUCUAAAAGAAUUAUCUUUUUCUAAAAGAAUAAAAAAGAGAGAGAGAGAGAGAGAGAGAGAGAGAGAGAGAGAGAGAGAGAGAGAGAGAGAGAGAGAGAGAGAAUGAGAAAAAGAAAUAAAAGUUACAUAACGUAAAGUUGGAUGAUUGAUGAAAAAUAAGAAAGAGAAAAAAGCAAGAAAGAAAGAAAGAAAGAAAGAAAGAAAGACAGACAGCAGAAAAAAGAAAAAAAUAUUCGAAGAAGAAGAAAAAAAGUUGAACAAAAAAGUAAGUACUUAUAAUUUUCGUGCCAAGUAGAAAAAAAAGAGGACAAGACGAGUCACAUUUUUCAAAGUCUUCCGCUUACCUACAGGAAGGAGAUACAAGUCGUUUUAAAAGAAAAUCGAAGUGUGUCCUUUAAUACGUCAUAUAUAUGCAUAUAUAUAUAUAUUUAUAUAUAUAUAGACGUAAGUACGUAAGUACGUAAGUACGUGUGACGUGUAUCGAGUCUCGAGGACGAAUGAAACGAUUUGAAACGUUGUGGAAACGGGAUUUAUAUAUAAUACAUACGAUUCGGCACGAGGGUGAAGUUCAUUGAGUACGAAGGCGAAAGGUUCAAGGUCGUCAAAGCACUCGACGCGGAUUAACGAGAAGAGAGAGAGAGAGAGAGAGAGAGAGAUAUAGAUGGAUAAAUAGAGAGCGAGAGCGAAUGAGGAAGAGAGAGAGAGGCAGAGCAAGAUAAAGAAAAAGUAGUGGGGGAAGUUUGGAUCGGUAGGGAAGAUUAUGAUCGUAUCUAGGAGGCAUCAGAAACGGCCAAGAGAUCCUUCGGAACUGAAAAGCAUCCUUGAGAGACGUGAAGCUAUACUCAACAAAUGGCGAGACGAGGUGUGCAGCGGAGGUGAAUUGCCAGAAGUAGAGAUCAUAAGUCUGCUGGAGGAACAGAUUCCCAGGUAUCGUCUACGGGCCGACACCCUUACGGAAUUUCAAGGUUACGAGAACGCGGAUUGGUUCAUUCCAUCGCCGGCGCUAAAAACUGAGGACGUCGAUUUGAAACUGUCGCCGGAACAAAUCCGGGAAACUCUCAACUACUUCCUUCUAUGCAGCAACCGGGUGAGCCAAAUGACCAAGACCUAUAAUGACAUUGAGGCAGUUACAAGGCUUCUGGAAGAGAAAGAGAAGGAUUUGGAAUUGACCGCGCGUAUUGGUAAGGAAUUAUUGACGCACAAUCAAAAACUUGAGAGUACUGUCAACGCCUUGGAAACUGAUUUGAAAGAGGCAAACGAAAAGAUAACACAGUUGAAUCAUGAAUUGUACAAAAAAACCGAACUCAUUCAAAUACUUACAAACGAUGUUGACGAGUCAAGCUCCGAAGGUGGUACACCAACUGGUUUGCGUGGUAUCAACUUGGACAUGAUGCAAAGGAAGAUAAGUACCUUGGAAGAUGAGAACAAACAAUUACGUAAUGAAUUUUCCAAGUUGAUACAUGAAACUAAUGAUACCGAGGAACAAGAGGCCCGUCUUGUGAAGGAUAUUGCCGCUCAACUCGCAAAUGCUAAUAUGGAGGCGGACGGUAUGGCCGAGGAGCUUGGUCGACAAAAAGAAGAAAAUAGGUUACAGCACGAACAAAUAGUUAGUCUUACCGCUAAAUUAGCUGAAACUGAGCUCAGGUUAGCUCAACUCAUGGCUGAACAUGAUGAGGUCGGAGCUACUCUAGUCAUUACCAGAGAUAAUCAGAACACCCUUGCCAGUGAACUUGCUGAAUUCAAGGAACGAUACGCUGAGGUUGUAAAUCUUCUCUCUGAAACGCAAGAACAGUUGCGUAAACAAAGAAAACGUGGAAUGCCAACUGUAAGAGGUGGAUCAUUAUUUCCUUCGUUGGGUGCUGCACCACAGCCGGAUUCGAUAGCUUCGGAAUUGGAAUCUUCAUUAUAUUCGGAGCUAAGUCUCGAUUCUGGUAUCAUCACUGAUCGAACGCCAACAUACAAGAAAGUAUUCGAAACGGUCCGUUGUGCUUCACGAACAUCUUAUACGAGUGCAGAUAUGAAUCAAUUUCCUCGAAUAGGUUCUAUGACAACGUCAACUUUGUCGAGUGGUUCGAUGGGUCCACGCAUGAGUUGUGGCCAAGUUAAAUCUAAUAUACCUUACGGUUUUACAAGUUUGGAUUCGACUGGGCACAGUGAGAGCGAAGGUUCCCUUUUCACAGAUUUUGAUGAUUACCCAGGACCACAAAGGAUUGGAGUACCUGGUGCACCAGGUGCAGCAGAUUUGGAAGCAGCUUUACGUCGGUUGACACCUGCAGAGGUGCUAGCAAGACGAGCAUGUUUAAGUACUGGUGCUGGAUAUAACUAUGAUUACGAUGGUGGAAUCCUACAUUCACCGCCAACCUUUUUACCAUUUGGUUGUCGAACACCUGACAGUAUAAUGUCAACUGGUAGCAGUGGUAAUCUGAGCGGUUUCAGUGGUAAUAUUGGAAAUACUUGGAGAGUUCCAGAGAAAUUACAGAUUGUAAAACCAAUGGAAGGUUCACAAACCCUACAUCAUUGGUCACAAUUGGCUACGCCUACUUUAGGUGGUUUAUUGGAAGAUAGGCCGGGUGUUAGAACACGUGGUGGGCGUGGUCUUGAAGAUCUUGGUUUGUUAACCUUUACUUUGUCAGAUUUAGAGGAAGAUGAAGAAUACGCGAAUCCUGGUAAGCUCUUCCAAGAUACAGGCUCAGUUUAUACUUUUACAAAUAGCACCGUACUUCAUCCGGAUGAACAUACAAGCGUGACCCCAAGUAUUGUGGGUAGUCGAGUCGCAACCGCACCUAGUAGCGCUGGAAAUUCUGGAAAAAAUAGUCCUCGUACUCGCAGCCGAAGUAAUUCUACCUCGACGUUCUCGACGACUCUUGGCCUAGCUAAGAUGCUCAAUGAGAGAGGAAUUAAGGCUGUGACACCUUCCUGUGUAGGUACUUCCUGUGGGGCGACACCUAGCGGCGAAAGAAAUUUCAUACCAACAGCAACACCAUGUAAUAGCCCGGACGCUAGCCCGCCAGCAACGAGAUCUACAUCACCACCGCCACAAUCAUCGCCACAGCAAGAAAAUACUUCUCUGUCAUUUAGUCUGCUAAGUAGCGGCGCUGAAUUAUUGAAGCGUACAUUCAGUAGCGAUUCCUCGCAAUCGCAAAUUAAUAAAAGAACGAGAACGUCAAAACCAUCGUUGACGAGAUCAGAGAAAAAAGCAUUGUCUGGCAUACGUUUGGUUGAGAAACUCGAAAGAAUAGGAAUCGAUGCUAUAAUGUCAACGACAGUCGGCUCGUCGAUCUCGCCGUUGGCACUUCAGGGUGCUUUGUAUACACGACGUUCGAUGAAGAGUCCAAUGGCACAACUGACCUUCCUCAAGACAUCGAUGCCUUCCAGCAUCAGUCAGGAAAGAUUAUUUUCACCUUCGUUAGCCUCGUCCUCUUCUAGCGUCUCUUCUGAAUCUAGUUCAAAUCCGACAUUGGAACAUAUGAAUAAUAGUAACAAGAUGAACAAUGAUAACGUCGAUAAUGUUGGUGCUUCAGUUUUAUCAUCUGGUAAUUCUAAUUCAGAUUCACCUGUAAGAUCAUUGAUAAUCGAAUGUGCGUUAGGUACUCAACAAAAACGCGAUAGUGAUGGUAGUAAAACAACUAGAUCGGAUUUAGGUAAAGUCAAAGGUGCGGCUAAUACUACAACACCAGUUACCAGAGAGUCCAUUACUCAAUCUGCCCUUGGUUCUAUUAGUUCACUUUUCUUUGGACGUAAGGGUGGUCUUUUGUAAGAAAAAAAAAAAAAAAAAGGAAAAAAUAUCUUUUCUUCCUUUCCUUCUUUCCUUCCUCUUUUCCAUCCUCUUUUCCAUCCUCUUUUCCUUCUUCUUUUCCUUCCUUCCUUCCUUCUUUACUUCCUUCCUUCCUUUUUUAUUUUAUUUUUUUUUUUUUCCUUUUCGUUCCCAUUCGAUUAGCUGUCGAGCUAACGAUGAGUCGAACGUCGUAGUCAAAGUUUUAGCGGAUUAAUAGGUGAAUUGGUACAUUGGUAAAAACAAAAUGGUUCUGUUCGUUCGUUCGUUCAUUGGUUGGUUGGUUCGUUCGUUUGCAUGUCCGAUUAAAACAUAUUGGACAUUACUCGUGCUAUUACAAAUACAUCGCAUUGCUUUCAUCUUUGCGACACUUAAUUUUCAAUCAUCGACCGGAUUCGAAUGUAUGUCUUAUGUAUAUAUACAUAUUUUAUUUUUUGAUAAAUACUUAAUCCUUUGCAGUCCGACAUUUCGAUUUCGAACAGUAUUUUCUUUCCGAUUAACGGAGACAUAUAAUUUGUAUACUUAAAUACAUAUGGAUAUUCAUCUUGAUUUAAUUUAUCAUUGAAAAUUUAACUUAAAAGAAAAUAUCGUUCAAAUUAAUACAUAGAUUAUCGAUAUGCCAAAGAAAAUAGAAAAGGAAAGAAAGAAAGGAAAAAAAAAAGAAAAGAAAAUUGCGAUCGGACAGCAAAGUAUUAAAUACUUUUAAGAAGCAUUAAUUAGUAGAUUCCUGAUAAAAUAAUCCUCCUUAUCGGAACGUAUGAUCCUUUUUAGUAAUCGAUCAACGAUCAUAGCGAAAAUCUUUUAGUCUCUAAACAAUAAGAAUGUGUUGAGUAAACGAGAAGAAAAAUAAGAAAAAAGAAAAAUAAGAAAAAAAAUUAUAUAUAUAUAUAUAUAUAUAUAUAUAUAUAUAUAUAUCACAAAUAAA